UACUUCUGCUCUAAAUUAGACAGCACGACGUAUAGUGUCGGCGCUCCACGGUUCAGCAGGACAAUUAGUUGAAGUGUUAGCUGUAGUUGGGGGGGGAAAAAAACCCAAACAAAAACAAAACAGUGAAUCCUGAAAUUCAACAUGGAGUCCCCUCCAGAUCCAGCGAGCGACCCGGGCAACAGCGCCUCGGAGCCGGCUACCCCCGUCAGGGAAACCCCGGUAAACCUGGAGACGCUCCGGAAAGCGGACCAUCCGGCGGCGCCGGUUCGGAAGCAGACCUGCUCGAGCACCAACAGAGGUAUCUCAGUAGCAAAGAAGACACACACUUCUCAAAUCGAAAUAAUUCCCUGCAAGAUCUGUGGAGACAAAUCAUCAGGCAUCCAUUACGGAGUGAUAACAUGUGAAGGCUGUAAGGGCUUCUUCAGGAGGAGUCAGCAGAGCAAUGCAGCCUACUCCUGCCCCCGUCAGAAAAACUGCUUGAUCGACCGCACCAGCCGCAACCGCUGCCAGCACUGCAGGCUGCAGAAGUGCCUGGCAGUGGGAAUGUCACGAGAUGCGGUGAAGUUUGGCCGCAUGUCAAAGAAGCAGCGGGACAGCCUGUACGCUGAAGUCCAAAAGCACCGGCUGCAGCAGCAGCAGCGCGACCACCAGCAGCAGCCCGGAGAAGCAGAGCCGCUCACGCCCAGCUACAACCUCUCAGCCAACGGCCUCACGGAGCUCCACGAUGACCUCAGUGGCUACAUGGACGGUCACACUCCGGAUGGCAGCAAACCAGACUCGGCGGUCAGCAGCUUCUAUCUGGACAUCCAACCGUCUCCAGACCAGUCCGGCUUGGACAUCAACGGCAUCAAGCCAGAGCCCAUCUGCGACUUCGCCCCCGGCUCCGGCUUCUUCCCCUACUGCUCGUUCACCAACGGAGAGAUCUCCCCGACCGUUUCUAUGGCUGAACUAGAGCACCUGGCCCAGAACAUCUCGAAGUCGCACAUGGAGACGUGUCAGUACCUGAGAGAAGAGCUGCAGCAGAUGACGUGGCAGGCUUUCCUUCAGGAGGAGGUGGAGAGCUACCAGAGCAAGCCGCGGGAAGUCAUGUGGCAGCUGUGUGCUAUCAAAAUAACAGAGGCCAUUCAGUAUGUGGUGGAGUUUGCCAAGCGCAUCGACGGCUUCAUGGAGCUGUGUCAGAAUGAUCAGAUAGUGCUGCUGAAAGCAGGCUCUCUGGAAGUUGUGUUUGUCAGAAUGUGCCGUGCCUUUGACUCGCAAAACAACACAGUCUAUUUUGAUGGAAAAUACGCCGGACCUGAUGUGUUCAAGUCAUUAGGCUGUGACGACUUGAUCAGCUCCGUCUUCGAGUUUGGGAAAAACUUGUGUUCUAUGCACCUGUCUGAGGAUGAGAUCGCCCUGUUCUCUGCCUUUGUGUUGAUGUCUGCUGACCGAUCCUGGCUCCAGGAGAAAGUGAAAGUAGAGAAACUCCAGCAGAAGAUCCAGCUGGCUCUUCAGCACGUUUUGCAAAAGAACCACAGAGAGGAUGGUGUACUUACAAAGUUGAUAUGCAAAGUGUCGACACUGCGAGCGCUGUGCAGCAGGCAUACAGAGAAGCUCACGGCUUUCAAAGCAAUAUACCCAGACAUUGUGCGUGCCCACUUCCCCCCCUUAUAUAAGGAGCUGUUCGGAUCAGACUUUGAGCAGUCCAUGCCCGUCGAUGGGUAGCCUCCUCCUCCCCAGGUGCCAGUGUGCCCAUCGUAAUGGGGGAGCGGGGAGGGAUGUGAAGGAGGAAUCUGAGACACUUUACUGGUGCCCUGCACAAUCCGGAGCGGACAGAUGGCACGCUGAUCAACUUUUUCUUUUACAUGCGAGGGGGAGGGCUCUGGGGAGUUGAUCGCGAAAGUUUACUUUGUUCAGUUUAGUUCUCUUUGACACGUGGGACCCAACACCCGACGGGGACAUGAAGAGGAGACAGGAACGAAUAACUUGGGUUUGGCUGAACUUGGCUCUCUUGUGCGCUUUCCUAAAACAGAACGCACCGUUUUGUUCAUUCGUGCACUGUAUUUUCACCAUUCAGUCCCAUCAGUGGGAUAGACACCAUUAUCCAUUAUUAUUAGAAGACGGCCACAUCAGUAUUAUUUACCAGUUUGCACUCCUUUAACAAUUCUAGUAAUUUAGCGAUCAAACCCGUCAUCUUUACAUUAAACCGGAAUAAAAUAACCGGAUCAACGUGCACAUUUUGGUCAAGUUCAGCCAUUUUCCUUUCUCUCUCUCUCUCUCUCUCUUUGUUUUUUGGGACGCAGUGCUCGGAACGAAAACUCACAGCAACUUUUUGGGGGAGGUUCCACCGGCAUGGUGAUGCAAUCGGCACCUCUCUAAGGACAAUCGCUUAAAAAAAGAAAAAGGAAAAAAAAAAAAA